ACUCUCUCUUACGUUUAUUGGGAAUCCAUGACGGUUUCGUUGCCACGUUAAGCUCAGUUCGUGUUUAAAAGUUUCUUAAUCAAAUUUACAAAAUAAAAAAAAUUGAAAGAGAGAAAAAUAAGACAGAGUGAUAUCUGUAAGGAAGACGAACAAAAACCCAUGUUUAGGGAGUUUAUACCAUAGAUCUGUUUUCCAAAUAAUAUUCAAAUUGUUGAAGUUAUGGAAAAAUUAUUAGUGCUUUUUGUUACACUUAUUGCACUUUCAAUUUCAAAUGUGUCAUGUGUGCGUGUAAAACGACAAUCAGAUGAUUCGUCAAAAAAAGAAGAAUCAUUUGAGCAGGAGUUGUGCAAGGACAAAGAUGCCGGAGAAUGGUUCCGUCUUGUGGCUGGUGAAGGUGACAAUUGUCGCGAUGUAAUUCAGUGCACGUCAUCGGGUCUUCAAGCUAUCCGUUGUCCAGCCGGUCUAUAUUUCGACAUUGAAAAACAAACAUGUGACUGGAAAGAUGCUGUGAAGAAUUGCAAACUAAAGAAUAAGGAACGCAAAAUUAAACCACUUCUGCACACAGAUGAGCCCCUGUGUCAGGAAGGAUUCUUAGCCUGUGGUGAUGGUAAUUGUAUUGAAAGGGGUCUCUUCUGUAACGGAGAAAAGGACUGUUCCGACGGAUCUGAUGAGAAUAGUUGCGAUAUUGAUAAUGACCCCAAUAGGGCUCCCCCCUGUGAUCCCUCCGUGUGCGUUUUGCCCGAUUGUUUCUGCUCUGAGGAUGGAACAACCAUUCCUGGAAAUCUUCCCGCCAAGGAUGUCCCAAUGAUGAUUACAGUUACAUUUGACGAUGCCAUAAAUAACAACAACAUCGAUCUCUACAAAGAAAUGUUCAAUGGACGUCGCAAGAAUCCCAAUGGAUGUGAAAUCAAAGCCACUUUCUUCGUGUCCCACAAAUAUACCAAUUACUCGGCAGUUCAAGAGACACACCGAAAGGGACAUGAAAUUGCUGUCCAUUCAAUCACCCACAAUGAUGACGAGAGAUUCUGGUCCAAUGCAACUGUUGACGAUUGGGCCAAGGAAAUGGCUGGCAUGAGAAUUAUCAUUGAGAAGUAUGCAAAUAUUACGGAUAAUUCUGUUGUUGGCGUAAGGGCACCAUACUUGAGAGUCGGCGGAAAUAAUCAAUUUACAAUGAUGGAGGAACAGGCUUUCCUCUAUGAUUCUACAAUCACCGCUCCACUAUCCAAUCCACCACUUUGGCCAUACACCAUGUACUUCCGUAUGCCCCACCGUUGUCACGGAAAUCUCCAAAGUUGCCCCACAAGAUCACAUGCUGUGUGGGAAAUGGUGAUGAAUGAACUCGAUCGCCGUGAAGAUCCUGGCAAUGACGAAUACCUCCCAGGUUGUGCCAUGGUAGAUUCAUGCUCCAACAUUCUCACCGGUGAUCAAUUUUACAAUUUCUUAAAUCACAAUUUCGAUCGUCACUAUGAGCAAAAUCGUGCUCCACUUGGUCUCUACUUCCAUGCUGCCUGGCUGAAGAAUAAUCCAGAAUUCUUGGAUGCCUUCUUGUAUUGGAUUGACGAAACCCUAGCUAAUCACAAUGAUGUAUACUUUGUGACAAUGACCCAGGUAAUUCAGUGGAUUCAAAAUCCACGGUCCAUCAAUGAACUGAAGAGUUUUGAGCCAUGGAGGGAAAAGUGUACAGUUGAGGGAACUCCUGCCUGCUGGGUACCACAUACAUGCAAACUCACAUCCAAAGAAGUGCCCGGAGAAACGAUCAAUCUUCAGACAUGUGUACGCUGUCCCAACAACUACCCAUGGAUUAAUGAUCCAACAGGGGAUGGCUUCUUCUAAGUCAAUAUUACUACCUUCUAAUCUUUCUUUGUUCUCAUCACACUACCCUAAUGCCCUAUUCUCUUCUCCCUCAAUCCACAACUACACUAUCACUUUCACUUUAAUUUUCCCACUGAUUAUAUUUGAUAUUUACAUUCUAAAACACAUUAUACUUUGUCCGACAUUACUUAAUGUAUUUUUUUCAUUUUGCAUGAGGAUAGUAUUCAACCUUACGAAUAACUUCCGUCUAGAAAUUUGCCCGGACAUUCUUCUUUUGGGAGACAGAAACAUUUAAAGUUGGCAUUUUUUUAUUUAUUUAAUGGGAUAAUGAACUUGCCACAAUACCCCACCCAUUAAAAAGAGGCCGCGCCCCUUUUAUUAUUCGUUAUGUACACCCUUUAGUUCUUGGCCACCUCCCAUUCCAACAACCCUAAUACGGGCUUCAGACCUGAGAUUUAGCCAUAUGGCUUAACUGUUCUAAUUUUUCAACAAUCAACAUUUUUGGAAAAGUUUGACUUACAGUAGACUCUCGCUAAUUCGGCUCUUUUAAGAUCGGGCUACCUUUUAAUUCGGGCGGCAGUUAAAUUCGAAAAUAGUUUGUUGACAUUUUUAAAAUUCGAUUAUGAUUAUCAAAUGAAGCAAAUAUGCUCAAAUUUGUCAUGAUUUGUCUUAGUUUUGAUGUGAUUUUGCAUUAUUAAGUGGUUUUCAUGCAAUUUAUAAUAGCAAUGAGCAUGUAAACUCAAUGAGUAUGCAAAUAAACAAAAAAUCGUUACAUUUCAAACAAUUUGACGCCCGAAUUUCUCUCCAAUUCGGUUGGCAUUUCGGUCCCAAAUGCCCGAAUUUGAGAGAGUCUACUGUAUUAUUGGACUAUUAAGGACAAUGACCUAUUAUAUUCUGAAAGAGGCACUAAAUUGCAUGAUAUUUAGGACUUUGAGGCCGUCGAGAACAGGGCUAAACGCAGGGGCCCAUCAAGCCUAAUAAAAAGUGAAGCUAUUUUUCACUGUUCCUUGUAAAAAUGUUGCAAAUAUUGCACUGUGACUUAAACAAAUUUAUAUGUAUUAUUAAUAUGUAUUUUUAAAUAGCUUUUAGUGCACCAUUUCGAAAUAUAUCAGACUUAUAAGUCAAUUCUCUUUAGGAAAAAACUUGCCAAUAGCCUUCAGUGCCUCUAUGCAAAAACCUAUGGAAAAAUGAAAUGUCGAGAGGCCCCUGGCUAAACCUCUAAUCUGAAGACCGCUUAAUAUUACCUGAUCUAGAAGUUCGUUAUUUUUUACAUGGUAAGUAUUUUAGUACAGGCUCCUUGGGGGCGUGGCUUGUGUAUUUAACCCUUUAAGGACGAGAAGGUCAAAAAUUGGGGGUCGAAAAAAAUAUUUUUUCUGACUUUCUAGAGCAAAACACAACUUUAGAAGGCCGUAGGAAAAAUUUAAUUUUUGGGUCACCGGUAACCCAAUCGUCCUUAAAGGGUUAAGGCAAGAUAGUUUAGUCCACGCCCUCUUCGUCUUAAAAGUUAUGACGUAAAAUCCCUAGUUUAGUUUAUGAUUUUUCAAACUAUCUAAUUCUAAGCUUUUCUUAGAUUUUGCCAACUUCUUGUUACGCUAUUUCAUGAAACUAAAGAUCAUUUUAUGAUUUUAAUUAUUUUAUUAUUCAUUUUUUAUUUGAGUGAUAGAAGCUCUAAUUGUCUUUUAGAAUUGCUAUUUAAUAAAUUCAGUUACAAAUUAAUAUUGUUUUGUUUUGCUUUCCGGAGCCAAUGUAGUCAUUUUGAAAACAUUCAGAGUAGAAAUGUGAUUAGGGAAGACUGGAGCAAAAAGUCACAAAACGGAUAUUUUAUUUUUUUACAAACUACUCAAACGCUCCAGAAAUUUCUAAUUAGCGCAGUUUUCUAGGAAAUUUACCGCUCUACAACAUUGUGAAAGCUAUUUUCCUUUAACGAGCUGUUUUCUAAAAGGUAAUUUUGUGACCAUUCUCAAAAAUUCUGGGGCAAAUAGUACCAGGUAUGGGAUAUUAUCACAUUUUGAUUUCCUUUUUUACGAGCUUUCGUAAAUUUAAAAAAAUGGCUAGGUGACAUAUUUUCAUAGGAAAUUUAUUCCUCUACACCUUUGUAAAACACCGUUUUCUCUAUCUGAAGGAGAAAAGCGCUUUUCAAGCUAUUUUAGAAAAAAAAAACACACAAGAGACUGCUAAUCGUUUGACCAAUGCAAGCAAAAAGCGGCGAGACGCGAAAAUAACGUUUCUUCUCGCCGUGAGACAUCAGAAAUUGCUUCGGUCUUUGUUACUUUUUGCGCCAUACCUUUUGUUACUUUUUACCCCAAGUGGUCAUUUUUCAUAAAAGGAUUUCUUUGUAAAAUUCUAAAAUAGAUAGUGGUUUCGUAUUUAAAGAAUUCAAAUCAUUUAGGAAAUACUUACGAGUGCAUUAAUUUUGGAAAAUAAGUAGGUCAAAAUUGAUAUCUGUUGCAAGGAAAACAUUUCAAAAAUAGGGCUAAAAAUUUUAAUAUUUUUUUUAUUUUCUGCAUUCCUUGUUCGAAUUCUAAGAAACAUACGACUUUGAAGAAGGUCUAUGGAGGCAAUCUAUGGAAAACAUUUUAAGCCGCUAUCUCUUUUAUCUUGGAAGAUAUUGAAUUUUUAAGUUUUCAAUUUGUGACUUUUUACCCCAGUCUCCCCUACAGUUCUGCAUUUCACAAACUAAAAUUUAAGGUUAGUUGGAAGCCUUUUUUAAAACUAGAUUUGCCUAUUAGUCUUUUCAAACGAGUAUUUAAAAAUAACGUUUUUGGAUUAAGAAAAAAACACGUGAUAAAUGGGCGUGACUUCUAAGAGGCGUGUACUAAGUACUCUCAAAAAAUGGUGUAUCUUUUUUUUAAACAUACAAGUAUGAAUAGUUUGACAUAAUUGGAACUAUUACACAUCGAAAAUAGAAGAAAAAAUAUCAGUAAAAUUCUUGAAGCUAUUUAUAUUCUUUUGCUGUAAAGGGGAGUGGCCAAUUUUAAGCAAGUAAAAUCUUUAGGUCCGUCCCAAAAAACGAUCAAACGAAGUAGCUGAUUCAUGGAGUCUCACAGUAUCCCAUUACCAGUAAAUAAAUAAACAAAAAUAUUUACAUUCAUUUAAUCUUCGGACUACAACAAAAUUUGUGGGCGGAGUUUGUUUGGGAUGGUAAAAAAAAACACCUCCAUGCAAGAAAAAGUAUUAGUAAUUCAAAGUAAAAAAGUGUUUUUCUUAUUGUGAAAGAGUCCCCAAACUGAAGAAAAAUAUAUAUUUUAAAAAAUGAACGAAAUUGCUAUAAAAUCAUUACAAUACGAUUGCAUAGCCUUGAUAUGUGGAUUAAUUCGUUGCUAAUUUUGUACUUUUCUUGGCGACGUUUUUCUUUUAAAAAAAAUUUUUUCACCUUCAUGAUUUACCAAUUCACGGACAGGCAGUUUUUAUAUCUUCUACACUUUUCGUCUCACCAAGUCCAAUAACCAUAAUUUCCAUUUUACAUAGUAAAACUACCUACAUAAUUGGUAUUAUGUAUUUUAUUGGCGUUCUGGUAUUUUUACGAUUACAACUUUUGGAUGGAUACCCUUUUUUAAAGAAAAUGUAACACGUGAGUUAAGUAUUGAAUUGCAAUGAAUUCUGUAAAUCACUCAUUUAUAUUCACUAAAUUUUAAAAAUGUGAGAGAGAUUUUUUUUAAUAUAAAUUAGGGUAUAUUUGUCAUUAUAAGAGAUAUUGUAGGGAUCUCACCUGUAAAUACUCCUAAUGAUAUUUUUCGCCUUAAAUUGAAAUUAUAUAAUUUUAUGAAAGAAAAAAAAGAAAGUUCUGUUCCCCUUCAAUUUUUUACAUUCCUUGUCUUUUGCAAUGUUAUUUCCAUUGUUUUUUUGCAAAUGAGAAUAUUUUAUUUUCUUUAGGCAUAUUUUUGAUAAAUAAAAAUAAAAAUCAGAUGAAUUGUAAUAGGAAGAACUGUUUAUAAAAAAAAAUGAUAAAAAAUACUUCAAUGUGAAUUAAAUAAGAAAUAUCACCAUAGUGAUGGAAUAA